AUGGAUGAAUACGAAGCUUUAAUUUUGGGCCUUGAAAUUUUGAUCGGAAAAGGGGCUUUAGAAGUUCAAAUCCUUGGGGAUUCUCAGUUAGUUUUGAAACAGUUGUUGAAGAAUGAAAUUGCUAAUGAGUUAGCUCAGAUUACUUCGAGAUAUAAAAUAGGCCCUGAAACGCUAAGAAAAUUGACAAAAAUUUGCCAAAUAUUAGUGCCAGUGGAUGAAAGAGAAGCUUUGUAUUUGGAUGAAUGGGAAGAUGAUGAUUGGAGAAAACCUAUUGCUGAGUAUUUAAAGAAUCCCAGUAUUCAAGUGGACAGAAAGAUAAAGUUGAAAGUAAUAAAUUUUGUAGUAAUGACUGAUGAGUUAUACAAGAAAGGAAUCGAUGGAAGUCUUUCGAGAUGUUUAAGUCAAGCCGAUAAAGAUAUUGCUUUAGGGGAAGUCCAUAGAGAUUGCAUCGAUUAUGCAAAGGCGUGUCAAGAGUGUCAACGCCAUGGAGUAGUGCAACAGAUCCCAGCAUCUGAGUUGCAUACGAUCAUUAAGCCAUGGCCAUUUCGAGAUUGGAUUUUAGACCAAAUCGGGUUAAUACACCCUUCUUCGUCGAAGAAUCAUAAAUUUAUCUUGGUGGCCAUUGAUUAUUUCACGAAGUGGGUCGAAGCUAUUCCUCUUAUAGAGGCUGGGCAAAAUGAAAUAAUAGAUUUUAUUGAGGAAUAUAUAAUCCAUCGAUUUGGAAUUCCUCAAACGUUAAGUACCGAUCAAGGGACUAUUUUCACUCGUCAGCGAAUUAAUAAUUUUGCAGCUUCGAGAAAUAUUAACAUGGUUACUUCAACCCCUUAUUAUGCACAGGCCAACGGGCAAGUCGAAGCGGCAAACAAAAUUUUAAUUAGUUUGAUUAAAAACAGAUUGGAAGCUGUUUUGCCUUUAGAAAUUAAUCUCAAAACAUUGAGGAUUUUGAGGCAAGAUGAGUUGCCAGUUGAUGAUUAUUGGAAUGCAAUGUAUGACGAAUUAAAUGAUUUAGACUCCGAGCGUGUUUCGACUCUUGAGAAUAUGAUUCGACAAAAGAAAAACGUUGUUCGAAGUUAUAAUCGUCGAGUAAAAGAGAAAUGUUUCAGUAUAGGAGAGUUGGUUUUGAAAGUUGUAUUGCCAAUGGAAAAGAAGUCAAGAUUCCUUGGCAAAUGGUCCCCUACUUGGGAAGGACAUUUUCAAGUAAUCGAGUUGUACUCUGGAAAUGCAUAUCGAAUUAAAGAUAUUGAUUCUGGGAACGUGAUUAAUUCAAUAAAUGGAAAGUAUUUGAAGCAAUAUCGAUGCAUGCCAAAUCAAGAUUAA